AUGCAUGUCAAUAUCUGUACAUACUGUUUGAUAUAUGUAUAUCUUUUUGUACGAUACUGUAUAAUAUAUAAUAUAGAAAUUAGGUUAACUAAGUACUUUUUUCGACUAACUUGCUUCAUUGCAGCUUCGUUAUUAUGUACUAAUAUAUAUAAUCAUAUACACGUUAUAGAUAAUGAGAAAUCAAGGAAGUGAUCGCUACUGAAAUUUUGAAAAGAAAAAUGACAGAAAUUAUUUUAGAAAUUAAAAAACUUAUCUCUGAAUAUUGGAAAAAUAUUUUUGCAGAAGUAUGUGAUGCAGUAGUUUAUGUAGAUCACUGUGCAAUUGAAUGUUUGCAUUGGUACACAGCUGGUAAAGGCUAUCUAGCAUUAAAAGAUGCUGGAGCAGUUGCAGUUUAUGAGUUUGGCAUGUAUCAUUUUCGAUAUGUCGAAGUAAAAGAUACUAAAAAAGCUGUUAUUAUAUCAACAUCUGGUGAUCCAGCAUUUUAUCAACGAACAAUUAAAAUGAUUCUGGCAAAGAAUACUUUCCAGAACUGUAUUGUGUAUUGCAGUGUACCUUGUGACACUAUCAACCAUUUGGGAACAUUAUCUGCUGAAGAAAAAUUAGAUUACAAUAAAUUAAAGAAAGACAUUAAGGUUUGGAUGACUUCAGGAAAUCUUUCUCAAGAACCUGUUGUUGACAUUAUCUAUGUACCGAUUUUUAUUGCCCUUUUAAAUAAGGAUUUAUUUGUAACACCUCCUUUUGGAGAUUUAAUGCCAUCUCUGGACACAAAUAUUCCAAAAGAUACAUUUGUUAAAUUGAAUUUCUUAGCAUAUUCAUUUUAUAAUCUAUUUGAUAGUAUAGGAGCUAAAUUAGAUAUUUAUUCACUUGGAAAUUUAAGUGAUCAUCUUGCAAAGAAUUUAGAAGAUUAUAUGUCUAGUAUUAAUCAUAAAAGUCAUUUAUCUGAAACUUCAGAAAUAGGAGUCUCUCUUAUUUUGAUUGACAGAACAUUAGAUCUUUGUACACCUACUAGUAACAAUAUGGAAUCUUUCCUUGCAAAAAUAUUACGUACGUUUCCUCAUUUACCUCAUCAUGAUAACGAUGUAGCCAUUAAUAUGUCACUUCUAUUUGGGAGUGUAACGGAAGUGUUAAAAUCAUAUGAAAUACCAGGUUGUUUAGCAAGUAUGGAAGAUGAGAUGAUGGAUCUUCUUAUUUCACAAAAAGGAAAAAAGUUGUUAAAUACAGUUAACCAAUUUUUAAAUGAUAUAACUUUAACAAAAGGUAGUCCAAAAUUAAGAACACCAACAAGGAUUUCUGGUCAUAGCUUAGAAAAACUUCUUAGCAAAAUUCAAUCCACAAACAAUAUUGAUUCUAUGACAAUUCAUACAGAAAAACUUCAGUGUAUUUUAGCAAUAAUCAAAGCAUCUAUAUCACAAAAAGCUGAUCAAAUUGAGCUACUUACUAGCUUAGAAAAAUUAGCUUUGCAAAAUCUUUCUGUGAGUCGAGAAUCCUCGAGUAUACUCGUACAGUUGAGUAAUAUUAUACGAACGCGAAUUCACAGGGGACUUGAUGUUGAAAACUUAUUAGCACUAUUGAUACAUGUUUACUCACUUGCGGGAACGCAGAUUCGAUUUUCUACACAACAAGAACGCCGAUUAGAAGAGUCAAUUGCGGAUGCAAUUUUUGAAGAUUUCCAAAUUUUAAAAGAAAGUCCUUUGAUGAAUACAAAAUCAGCCUAUCAGCGUAAUUUAUUACUACUAGGUGGAGACGAUGUUGCUGUAGCGCAAGAAACAUCAUGUAACAUUGCAGCACGUAUUCUCGAUACUCUGAGAUUAAUCGCGGAACAACGUUUAAUACUGCAAGAUUAUAGAUUUUGUAUGUUGAAGCCAAGCCCUCAAGAAUCAACUCGAUACAUUAGUAUAUUAGAACAAGUUACAAAGGAUAUAUUUAGUGUAGACAUAAGUCGAGAACUACGAGAUCUUCAUAAAAAAUCAUCUUCAUUUAUUUCAGCUGGCUUUAAUUUAAUUUUAGGGGGUAAAACAAAACGUCAUCCUCGAGACAAUCCCUAUAUUUUAAUAUACGUUGUUGGAGGCAUUACUGCAGAAGAGGCAAAAGUAAUUCAAGAAGUAGUAUCUGCACAUAGUAACGAAAAAUCACCACAUAUAAUAUUAGCAGGAUCUAGAUUAUUAAACCCUUUGGAUAUAGUGGAUAAAAUAUUCUUUUCUUAAUUAUUUUUUUUUUGUAGAUAUAAUAGAAAAAUUUGUAAAUGUAAUAGAAUUCAUCCUUCUCUUUCAUCUAUCUUCCAUUUUAUACCAUUGGAUAAAAUGGAAUAAUGUAUUUUCCUAAUAAUUUGUAUUGUUUCUAAUGUACAUAAAAAAUUUGUCGAAUUACACACCUUGCACAAUUGUA